CUGUGUGACGUGGCACAUGAUCACUUGUGGACGGCUCGAUCAUACAGCAUUCGUGGCGCGAUAAAGCGCCUAUUUCCCUAAUUUCGAUCUGCCGAAGUAUUUAGGUGGUGAAACACCCAUCGAUUUGUCCAGGAGUUUUGAGGCCUCCCCAGAACCCCCCGCCUCCGCCUCCGCCAGCGGAAUGGCUGCGCCGUCCGCCAUGCUGCGCCUCUCCGCGUCCCGCGCAUUGCCGCGGUUCCCGCACCCCAAAUUGCGCCUCGACAACCGCUGUGCUCUUUCCGCGCCUUCGCAUGCAUAUGCGCAGCCGUGUACCUCUGCUCUCGCUCCGCGUAGCGCCACAUCAGCGGCGACCAAUCGCGGCGCCAGGAUAACCCUCCGGACGCCGCAAUCGGCGGGGAUUCUUUCCCGAUCCAGGGCGGUCCGCAGCGCGCCUUGGCCCUGUCGGCGAUUCGCCGCAGCCGCCGCAGCAGCCGCCGCAGAUGGCGGCGCAGGUUCCGCUGCAGCUGCGGUAGCCACGGAGCGAGGAGCAUCGGCGGGGGCGAAGGAGAGGUCGAGCAGACCUAACCUCUUGGACGUGCUGAGGGAGCGAGGGUUGGCAGACACCGUGACCAGUGAGGCGUUCAGGGAAGCGUCGGAGCAUCCUCUGAAGAUCUACGUUGGCUUCGACCCCACUGCAGAGUCCCUGCAUCUGGGUAACCUCCUGGGAAUCAUCGCCCUGGCAUGGGCGCAGCGCUGCGGCCACACGGCCGUGGCGCUGCUCGGAGGAGCCACCGCAAGGGUGGGGGACCCGUCGGGGAAGAGCGUGGAGCGACCAGUGAUGGACGAGGAGACGAUUGCGAGGAACAGCAGGGGGAUCUAUAAGAUCCUGCAAGAUAUCCUGUCACGGCCGGAGAACCAGGGCAGUGUUGCGGGCGGCAGUCUGGAGCUGGUGAACAACUACGACUGGUGGAAGGGCGUGUCGCUGCUGGAGUUUCUGAGGGACGUGGGCAAGCACGCGCGGGUGGGGGCGAUGAUGGCGAAGGAGAGCGUGAAGAAGCGGCUGGCGUCAGAGGAGGGGAUCAGCUACACCGAGUUCACCUACCAGCUGCUGCAGGGGUACGACUUUGUGCACCUGUACAAGGAAAAGGGCAUCACAGUGCAGAUGGGCGGCAGCGACCAGUGGGGCAACAUCACAGCCGGCACCGACCUCCUUCGGCGGCUGCAGGCAGCAGGCAUUGUGCCCUCUAAGGCUUCCACAGGGGGGGAGGGUCAACAAGAGGGACAGCAAGAGGAGCAGCAGGAAGAGGAGCAGCAGGAGCAGGAGCAGGGUCCGAGUGUGUUUGGGCUCACGUGGCCGCUGCUGCUGCGCAGCGAUGGUAGCAAGUUUGGCAAGUCAGAGGGAGGGGCUAUUUGGCUGUCCGCUGCCAUGCUUUCGCCCUACAAGUUCUAUCAAUACCUGUUUGCCACACCUGAUGCUGACGUCAUCAAAUUCCUCCGCAUGCUCACCUUCCUGCCCGUGGCCGAGAUCGACCAAUGGGAGGCCGCCAUGUGUCAGCUGGGCUACGAGCCCAACGCAGCCCAGAAGCUAUUGGCUCAGGAGGUGACUCGUUUUGUGCACGGGGAGGAGGGUCUACAAGAAGCCCUACGAGCCACACAAGCCCUCGCACCAGGAUCCACCGCCACCAGACUAGACCCUGCCACACUAGAGGCGAUAGCUGCGGACGCGCCCUCCACCUCCCUUCCCUGGGCCGCUGUGAUUGGCCGAUCUGUCGCUGACGUGGCAGCGGCAUCGAGGCUAGUGGGGAGCAAGGGGGCGGCUCGGCGGCUGGUGCAGCAGGGGGGGAUGUACCUGAACAAUGAGAAGGUGGCGGAGGGGGAGAGAGUGGUGGGGGAGCAGGACCUGGUGGGGGGGAGCAUGCUGCUGCUGGGGUCGGGGAAGAAGAACAAGAUGAUUGUGAAGGUUGAGAGGUGAGGUGAUCAGACAACAGGUGCAGCCAAGGAGGGGGGGGAGUGUGCACCUCAAUAAUGAUCUGGUGGGGGGGAGCAUGCUUCUGCUGGGGUCGGGGAAGAACAAGAUGAUUGUGACGGUUGAGAGGUGAGGUGAUCAGACAACAGCUGCAGCCAAGGGGGGGGGGGGAGUGUGCACCUCAAUAAUGAUCUGGUGGGGGGGAGCAUGCUGCUGCUGGGGUCGGGGAGGAAGAGCGAGAUGAUUGUGAGGGUGGAGAUGUGAUUUGGACAGUGGGUGCAGGUGAGGGGGCAUAUCCUAAUAACGAGGCUGGGGAGGAGGAUCUGGUGGAGGGAAGCAUGCUGCUGCUGGGGUCGGGGACGAAGAACAAGAUGAUUGUGAAGGUGGAGAGGUGAAUGAAUCAUGUUACAAUGUUACAAUGCCAAGCCUUUGGGCAACGGGUAUCUAGUUAGUUAGAGGGCUAGGAAUGAACGAUGUCAUUGCUGACCAAGGUUUUAGGUUCAAACCACAGCUGGCUCCUACUUUGAAGUUAUCAUAGAUUGCCAGUAAAACACUUCACAGUUCUCACAAAGUGUUUCAUGAAACACAGUUCUUUGUAAAUAAAGGCCGACUUCAGAU